AUGGGUUAUACAAUCAGUUACAAGAAGGGAUGGCUGGCCAAGCAACAUGCCAUUGAAAACAUCUUUGGCAACUGGGAGGAGUCGUACAACAAGUUACCAGAUAUUAUGGAUCAAAUUAUAGCUUAUAUUUACACUGGAAGGAUGUAUGAAAGUCUAGAAGGUGUAACAUUUGAUGGACCAAAAAAAGGGAUGUAUAUUAAACGAGGUUUAACUUUGGAUAUAUUAAAGAGAAGGAUUCACAACAAAUUUCGUCUUAAGUCAAAUCAAGUUAUAUUAUCUGUAACUUACAGAUUUGUUGUUUCACAGCAUGAUGAGAACAGAUAUUCUUCAUUGGAAUUGAGUGACGAUGAUGAUGUACAAUGCAUGAUAGAAGCUUUUAUGAGUCAGAAUGUGAUGCCAAUAAUGGAAUUACAUGCUGAAAUAGGUAACUUAGAAUCUUCAACAAUUUCGUUAGAAAAUUUGUCAAUUGAACGAUCACCGGUGAUGACAAGAGACGAAGAUGAAGAUGACGAAGAUGAUGAAGACUAUCAUGUUUCAUUGUCAUAUGAAAGCAUUGAUGAAUCAAAUGAAGAUGAAAUCGAUAAUUGUGAAGCAUCUGAUAGUGACGUGGAGUCAGAUGCUAUUGUUCAAAGUCCAAUGGUUGAACCAAUUUCAAUGUAUCCAUCUACUGAAGGUGGAAGUCAAUUUUGGGGUAAUUUACCUCACUACACUAAUAUCAAUUGGAGUCAUCCAGAUGAAGAAGAAAUCCCAGGGAUGGAUGUGGCUAAUAAUUGGUCUAUUGGCGAAGAUUUAUAUGUUGGAUUGGAGUUUGAGAAUAAAGAUGCAGUAAAAAAUGCAGUAAAGCAAAAUGCAAUGAGAAUGCAUCAGAGUUUUUAUGUGGUUGAAUCGAAAAAGACAAAGUGGGUUGUUAGAUGUCCAAAUGCACAUGAUGGAUGUGGAUGGUACAUGAGAGCUAUUGAGUCAAAGAAAUCUGACAAGUGGAAAGUGACUCAAUGGGGUGGACGUCAUACAUGUUUGAACAUGUCUUUGUCACAAGAUCAUAAUAAGUUAGAUUCUGAGCUAAUUGCAUCAUUUAUACAAGGAAUGGUUAACCAAGAUCCAGCAAACAAGAUUAGCCUUAUCCAAGAGAGAAUAACAUCUCAAACUGGGUUUAAGAUAUCUUAUAGGAAGGCUUGGAUGGCUAAACAAAAAGCAAUUGUUAAAAUAUUUUGUGAUUGGGAAGAAUCUUAUGCUUUUUUACCCCGGUGACUUAAAUACAUGAAGGAAAUUGCGCCAGGAUCCUUUUAUGAUCUGUGUCAUGAUGAGUUUUUCGUUGGUAAUCGUUGUGA